AGUGCAGUGAAAGAAAGAAACCAUACUCACCAUUGAAGGCUAUUUGCAUUUAACAUGGCUGAUUCGAACAGCCAACACCGUCGGACCGUUGCCGGUGGUACGGAGACACUCAUUGAUCAUCCUGGUUCACCCUUAAAUGUUGUUCCUCAUAAUCUUUCACCUGUUUUUGCAUUUAAUGAAGAUGAAGAUGCAUUGUUUGAGAAUAGGGUUGUUGAAGACCCUGAACCUAUUUCUUCAGAGUUUCCAGUUCUGAAUCAAAAUGCCACAAAUGAUGAUGAAGAUGGUGUUCAGAGUUGUAUUUUUACACAGUUGCUAUCAACAGGUCAUUUUUGUUUAUGUGAAACCAUGUUUUUUUUUCUGUAG